AUGGCAAGUGCUAUCCACAAAUCUAAACGACUGGGUCAGAGUGUUCGGCGUGGACCCGGCGCACGGCCGUCCUUGGGCAACCGCCAAUAUGGCACUCGUAAUUAUCCAGUGAACGCCAAUUCCAAAACCGACCUGACGGUGAACACAAAAACUGUACGGCUGCUUUGUCAUGAUACGAAAAACUGUCUUAAAUCGCAACCUAAUUGGAUGGAUGAAUUUCCAGGCAAGAUCAAAUCUUUAGGGUUGGAUUCAUUAUUUUUGCCAGGUACACAUGACUCUGGAGCAUAUGAUACUACGCAAAAACUUCCGAUUUAUUUUGAAAAAUAUGUCUAUACUCAAGAUGUUCACGUUUUGAUUUAACUAUACCACGGAGCUCGAUAUCUGGAUCUGAGAGUAGGUUUUGAUAAUCAAUCUGAACAUUUAUGGUGGCUACAUCACGGAAUUUAUCCGGUAAGACAUUUGUCCCAAAUCCUCAGGGAUAUAAAAACAUUUGUAGAAGCAACAAAUGAAAUUGUCAUCAUUGAACUUCACAAAUUCCAAACGGGUUUUUCGAAAAAUCCGUUGGUGCACAUUGAAUUAUAUAAAUUCGUGACGUUCUACCUGGGCAAGCAUAUGAACAGAACACAAAACAAAAGAUGUGGUGUAACAGUCCUGAUGGCUGAGUUAACUCUUACUCCGCUGGACGUUAUUUUCAAUAGAGGUGAUGAUUUACGACCCAUGAGUUCGAUUGUUAAUACAUUAUUUUUCAAGUGGCUUGCAAUGCAAGAGUGGGGAGAAAACUUCAAUAUUGUCGCUGUAGAUUUUCUACAGAGCACAAACAUAAUCGAUGCAGCGAUCCAUUGGAAUAUGAAAAAAAUCAUUCCGUCCUAUAAGUGAUAAUAUAACCAUAUAAUAGCAACAAUUAACUAAUCAAAACCAAUGUCAUCAUAUAUUAUACUCAUUGCGUACUAUACACGAUAAUAUAGUAUAUUUUAUGAUUUAUUUAUGACUAUAUUGUAACAGU